GGGGGGGUGGGGAAAAAGGAAUAGAAGGCAAGAUGGACACGUGGCCGAUUUUUGUCGAGGCGCCAUACGCUAGCGUGCAACAAUAAGAGCGAGAGGCCGCUGUUGGCUUUCUCCAUCUCCUCACUUGGCCUGCAAGAAAGCACAUCCAGCGAAGCAAAUCGUCCAUGGCGCCUGAACCCGAAGACGAGAUCAAGGACGAGAAAAACCCUCGUCCUCUCGACGAAGAUGAUAUUGCUCUCCUUAAAACAUACGGCUUAGGACCUUAUUCCACUAGCAUAAAGAAAGUGGAGAAGGAAAUUAAAGAAAUGGCUAAGAAGGUCAAUGAUUUGUGUGGUAUAAAGGAGUCUGACACAGGCUUAGCAGCACCCAGCCAGUGGGAUCUUGUUUCUGACAAGCAAAUGAUGCAGGAGGAGCAGCCUCUUCAGGUAGCAAGAUGCACAAAGAUAAUCAACCAAAAUUCUGAAGAUGCCAAAUAUGUAAUAAAUGUGAAGCAAAUUGCUAAGUUUGUUGUUGGACUGGGUGACAAAGUUUCCCCAACUGAUAUAGAAGAAGGCAUGCGGGUUGGGGUUGAUCGAAAUAAAUAUCAGAUUCAAAUUCCUUUGCCUCCAAAAAUUGAUCCCAGUGUCACUAUGAUGACAGUGGAAGAGAAGCCUGAUGUGACAUAUAAUGAUGUCGGUGGAUGCAAGGAGCAGAUUGAAAAGAUGCGAGAAGUUGUUGAGCUGCCCAUGCUUCAUCCAGAGAAAUUUGUGAAGCUUGGAAUUGAUCCUCCCAAAGGUGUUCUCUGCUAUGGUCCUCCUGGGACUGGUAAAACACUUCUGGCUAGAGCUGUGGCCAAUAGAACUGAUGCAUGUUUUAUCCGUGUUAUUGGGAGUGAGCUAGUUCAGAAAUAUGUUGGUGAGGGGGCUCGGAUGGUUCGUGAGCUAUUUCAGAUGGCACGCUCCAAAAAGGCUUGUAUUGUGUUUUUUGAUGAAGUGGAUGCCAUAGGCGGUGCACGCUUUGAUGAUGGUGUUGGUGGAGACAAUGAGGUUCAGCGUACAAUGCUUGAAAUUGUGAAUCAGCUUGAUGGUUUUGAUGCUCGUGGAAACAUAAAAGUUCUAAUGGCGACAAACAGACCUGACACGCUAGACCCUGCACUUUUACGUCCUGGACGGUUAGAUCGUAAGGUUGAGUUUGGCUUACCUGAUUUGGAGAGCAGGGCACAAAUAUUUAAGAUCCACACAAGAACAAUGAACUGCGAGAGGGAUAUUCGGUUUGAGCUGUUGGCUCGCCUUUGUCCAAAUUCCACUGGAGCUGACAUAAGGAGUGUUUGCACUGAAGCUGGAAUGUAUGCCAUUCGUGCUAGAAGGAAAACUGUGACAGAGAAGGACUUCCUUGAUGCAGUUAACAAAGUCAUCAAGGGAUACCAGAAGUUCAGUGCCACGCCUAAGUACAUGGUGUAUAAUUGAGGGAUGGGGUGAAAUUUUGAGUAAACUGACAUUUCCAGAGAGGAAAGUGGUGAAUCCAAGGUCAUUUCAUUGUCAUAAUUCUGUGGUUCGCUGUCUGGAAUAUGCAGCCUGCUUGGGUUAAUCUCUCCCCUCCCUACUAUACGGAUUCAUGAAGUUAAGAUCACUUCUUAUACUUCCAUUAUGUCCAAAAGUUAUCGAGACAAUUUAUUAAAUUCUUGGUUGCUAGUGUCUUUGGCUAUUUGUGCUGGAUGGGAUUAUUAUAACAUGCUGAAGAUGAGCAGUCUUCCUGUUGUGCUGUUUGUGCAUUUAUGAUGAAUGAAUCUGACUUAUGGACUAA